AUGAUUGCUGAGAAACCCAGUUGGGUUAGACAUGAGGGAAUGCAAAUUUUCUCCAUUGAUAUUCAGCCUGGUGGCCAUAGGUUCGCCACUGGCGGAGGCGACCACAAGGUUCGGAUAUGGAACAUGAAUUCUGUUAGCAGGAACUUGGAAAUUAACGAACCAACACAAAGGCUUCUUGCAACCCUCCGUGAUCACUUUGGGUCAGUCAAUUGUGUUAGGUGGGCAAAGCAUGGUCGAUAUGUUGCAUCAGGGUCUGACGAUCAAGUGAUUUUAGUUCAUGAAAGGAAGCCUGGUUCAGGAACUACAGAGUUUGGCAGUGGAGAGCCUCCUGAUGUUGAAAAUUGGAAAGUUGCAAUGACAUUGAGAGGGCACACUGCAGAUGUGGUGGAUCUUAAUUGGUCUCCAGAUGAUUCCAUAUUGGCUAGCGGAAGUCUGGACAACACUAUCCAUGUCUGGAAUAUGAGCACUGGCAUUUGCACUGCUGUUCUUAGAGGUCACUCUAGCCUAGUUAAAGGAGUUACUUGGGAUCCGAUUGGCUCUUUCAUAGCAAGUCAAUCUGACGAUAAGACAGUUAUUAUAUGGCGAACAAGUGACUGGAGUCUGGCUCACAGAACAGAUGGCCACUGGGCUAAAUCACUUGGAUCUACAUUUUUUAGGCGCCUAGGAUGGUCUCCCUGUGGCCAUUUUAUAACCACAACUCAUGGUUUCCAGAAGCCAAGGCAUUCUGCACCUGUUCUCGAGAGAGGGGAAUGGGCUGCCACAUUCGAUUUCUUAGGACACAAUGCCCCCAUCAUUGUGGUGAAGUUUAACCAUUCAAUGUUUAGAAGGAAUUUUGCCAAUGCUCAGGAAGUGAAAGCUGCACAAGUUGGGUGGACUAAUGGGGCCUCAAAGAUUGGAGGGAAAGAAUCACAACCAUACAAUGUUAUUGCAAUUGGAAGUCAAGAUCGCACUAUAACUGUAUGGACAACUGCAAGUCCUCGUCCUCUUUUUGUGGCCAAGCACUUCUUUACUCAAAGUGUUGUUGAUUUAUCCUGGAGUCCUGAUGGGUAUUCACUUUUUGCUUGUUCCUUGGAUGGUACGGUGGCUACUUUUCAUUUUGAUGCUAAAGAACUUGGACACAGGCUAAGUGAUACUGAACUCGAUGAGUUAAAAAGAAGUCGUUAUGGUGAUGUCAGAGGUCGACAGGCAAACCUAGCAGAGAGUGCUGCACAAUUAUUGCUUGAAGCAUCAGCCAAAGAAACAACAAAUAAAAAAGUGGCAUUGGAUAUUAAGCAAAGUCAGAUACCUGUAAAAUCUUCUGUUGAUUUGGGGGUCACUGCAAAGACUUCUGAGCCUCAAGUUGAUGAUGGCAAGAAGAGUGCAGGAGCUGCUGGUGAUGGACUAAAUAAAGUACCAACUUCUGCUCGGAUUUCAAGUCCAGUAAAACAAAGAGAAUACAGACGUGCUGAUGGUAGAAAGAGAAUCAUUCCAGAAGCUGUAGGCGUGCCCAAUCAACCAGAAACAAUGGCUGGUGGGGCUCAGUCUCAAACUCUUGAUUUCCCUCAUGCGGCAUCUGAUCACAGAAAGGUUGAAAAUGGAAUGGUUCCUGUUGAUGGUGGCUUGCGAGAGAGUUCUGUCAGGGGAACACUUGGCAGAAGCUCUGAUUUAAAAGAGCGCUCUGGUGUCACUGCAAGGGCUGCCAUUACUGAGAGCCUGGUCAUUGAGAAGGUUCCAGGUUCUGUUGGAGGAGAUGGAAGCAUAAAUGUGGAACAGUCUGGGAUAAACACAUCCAGUUCAUCCAGUUCUUGUAGCACCGCUCUCUCAAUUAGGGUAUUUGAUAAGAAAUUAGGGGAUGCCACACCAAUUUGCAUGGAAGCUCGUCCUAGAGAACAUGCAGUAAAUGACAUUGUUGGGGUGGGAAGUACAAGGAUGAUGAAAGAAACAGAAAUUGCUUGCACAAGAGGGGCUGAAACUCUUUGGUCUGAUAGGAUCUCAGGAAAAGUGACUGUUUUAGCUGGAAAUGCAAACUUCUGGGCAGUUGGCUGUGAAGAUGGAUGCCUACAGGUUUACACCAAGUGCGGGAGACGUGCCAUGCCAACUAUGAUGAUGGGAGCUGCAGCAACUUUUGUUGAUUGUGAUGAGUGCUGGAAGUUGUUGCUGGUCACAAGGAAGGGAUCCUUGUAUUUAUGGGAUCUGUAUAGCCGGAAUUGUCUCCUUCAGGAUUCUUUGGCAUCUCUAAUUACCACAGACCCGAACUCUGCAAAAGGGACAAUCAAAAUUAUAUCUGCAAAGUUAUCAAAAUCCGGUUCUCCUCUUGUGGUUUUGGCCACACGUCAUGCCUUCCUCUUUGACAUGAGUCUUAUGUGCUGGCUGAGAGUGGCAGAUGACUGCUUCCCUGCAUCAAAUUUUGCUAGCUCCUGGAAUUUGUGUUCAGUUCAGAGUGGUGAGCUAGCUGCAUUGCAGGUGGAUGUGAGGAAAUAUUUGGCCAGAAAACCAAGUUGGAGCAGAGUGACAGAUGAUGGAGUGCAGACACGUGCUCAUUUGGAGGCUCAGUUGGAGUCCUCCUUAGCUUUAAAGUCCCCUAAUGAAUAUCGCCAGUGCCUUCUAUCCUACAUACGCUUCCUCGCAAGAGAAGCAGAUGAGUCUCGUUUACGAGAAGUAUGUGAGAGUUUUCUUGGACCUCCUACUGGGAUGGCUGAAUCUACAUCUUCAGAUUCAAAAACGGUGUCUUGGGAUCCUUGUGUGCUUGGAAUGAGAAAGCACAAACUCUUAAGAGAAGAUAUUCUGCCGGCAAUGGCAUCAAAUAGAAAAGUCCAACGUUUACUAAAUGAGUUCAUGGAUCUCUUGUCUGAAUAUGGAAGUGCAGAAACUAACCUUGACCAAAAAACUCCCAUGCUACCAACUACAUCUCAACAAGCAACAAGUCAAAUGGAUUGUGAUCCACCAGUAACAGAGCAAAUGUACACUGCCCCACAAGCAAUAGAUCAUUCAAACUCUGCCCAACCAGCAAAAGAUCACGAGGACCCUACCCCCAUUGUACCUGAUGAAGCAGACCAUACUCCACUGGCUGUUGAUCAAGUAGAUUCGUGCCCGAUGGUAACAGAUCAAGUUAUUCAGGAUUCACUUGACAGAGAAGCUGGUUCUUGA